UAUUUUUUUUUAUUGAGUUGAAUUCAAUAUGAACUUUCUCGGCCGUCUUGUUUGCGCUUUGCCGCGGCCGGCGAUGCUCAGAACUGUUUCUACCCUAACUGGCUCAUUGGGAUAUAAAUUUCUACCCCGGGUCACAUUUAAUACCAUCCAACGGGUUUCAUAUGCUAAGAAAAGUGGUAAGGACAAAGAUGCGGACUUGAAGAAAAAGUGCGCAGAGGCAGCCCUGAAAAAAAAGUGUGCAGAAGCAGCCAAAAAAGAAAAAGAGGCUGCAGAAAAGAAAAAGUGUGCGGCUUUAGCUAAAAAGGAGAAAGAAGCCGCUGAAAAGAAGAAAUGUGCAGCCUUGGCCAAGAAGGAGAAAGAAGCUGCUGAAAAGAAGAAAUGUGCAAAGUUAGCUAAGAAAGGAAAGAAGGGAAAGAAGGGAAAGAAUGGAAAGGGUAAGAAUGGAAAGAAUGGAAAGAAAGGAAAGAAAGGAAAGAAGGGAAAGAAAGAUGAGCUGAAAAAGAAGUGUGCAAAGCUGGCCAAAAAGAAGAAGGAAGAAGCUCUUAAGAAAAAGUGUGCAAAAGCAGCUAAAGCCAAAAAGAGUGCUAAAAAAGAUGACGAGUAGUAGAGCAAUAUCAACGCAACAGAGGCUGAGAACAGAUUCAAGUAGAGGCUACAGGCAGAAAGAAGACUUCAUUUCAAUCGCUAACGAGUGAGGGCCAAAAAUCAAAUGCUGAGGCCGCGAUUCAACGAGCGGCUUGAAAAAACAAAGAUGAGGCUACUUCGGAGGGACGGGGUUGAUCUGAAGGCUUGCAUCUGUGAAUUAUGUAGAAUGUGUAGGCUUUGGAUAUUUUCAAGUACACGUUUUGGAAAUGUACACAGAUAGCUCAGAUGCAGUUAAAGAAACGGCUUGAAGUUAAAGAAUUCA